GGUUUGCUUGUUCGUUUGAACUGAAGAUGGAUGUCCUCUGCUUAGAAUGUGUUUGACGUAAACCUGCGUGUUACACUUCUGAUCUGUACCCUGGAUUAGGUAUUGAAUCCAAAUUAUUUUCACAAUAAUUUCAUUUAUUAUCCCUGUGGCUUUGACAUUUUACAUUGAAAUGAAUAAUGGUUUUUUGUUUGUUUGUUUGUUUUUUUAAUCAUCAUCACCGUUUUAUGCCCACAGUGAUUAUUAGAUUCUCCCACAGUAAAAAUACGUAGCCUACACACACAGAAUUGUGUCUGUUCUAUGAGUUAAUAUCAUUGUGUUUUAUGCUCAGGCCCGAGGGUUUAUUGUUGUAUGUGGCUGAGGAUUUGAGAAGGUUUAACACUGAAAUGGACUCAAAAUAGUUUUUAAACUGUUGGGUUUUCUUAUUUUUACUCUUUUUACUUUUAUUUUACCUUACCUUACUUUACCUUUAUACUAGGCUGCUAGGCUAUAUGUUUUAUUUAUGAUCAAAGGAGACCACUUUUUAUUUUGUACAAAACACGGCAUUGUUGAAAUGGAAAUGCAGGGUUUGAGUACCUUAUAAGCAUAAGUUGCCUUCUGCUGAGCUGCAACAUCAUGUGAAAACAUCAAUGAAAGCUCAUUCAGGCAUGUUGAGAAUCCUGAUGGGCUAAUUUACUCUUUUUAUGCUGUGUUACUUUCAUUAUUUGACACAAAUAUGUUUUGCUGCUCCAGACAGAUUUGCUGAUUGACGCGGGCAAAAAUGGCUCUUUUGCCAGUAAAGGUUUCUGAUCCCCUGACUUGGUGGAAGAGUCUAUUACCUUAAUGUUGAAAUAUUGCAUAUCAGCAUUAGGGGGCAGUGGUAUCUCAUAAGAAGCAUCUUAUACAUACCAUAGUGAGGAGGAUGCUGAGCAGAACAGAACACAGAGGCGUAUGCAGGCUGCUAUCAUCAGUGAUGUCUGGAACAGAGUCUCAUACAGACCGAGAGGAGGACUACAGGUUCCUCCACAGCAUGUUGAUGGAGAAGAAACUCCACCUGCUCUUUAAGAUCCAUGAGCGUCUGAAGCGGUUUGAGAAGCGGAGCCCCAUCCCCGUCCAAGAGCACGCAGCGAGUCUGGCCUCAGACUUGGCGGAGGAGCUGAUACACCAAGGCUGGAGUGAAGAAGUCAAAGAACUGGUUGCCCUCUUUUCCCAACCCCACUUUAAGAGUCUGCUGUCCGUUCACGACACUGUAGCUCAGAGAGACUUUGAGCCCACUCUGCCACCGAUACCUGCUGAUGUGCUGGACGAGGACGAGGAUUCGGUCAAAAUUGUCAGUCUGGUCAAAACCAAUGAGCCCCUGGGGGCAACAAUUAAGAAAGACAAAUCCACCGGGGCUAUUGUCGUGGCGAGGAUCAUGAGAGGAGGCGCAGCUGAUAAAAGUGGCCUGAUCCAUGAAGGAGAUGAGCUGAAAGAGGUGAACGGAAUCUCACUGGAGCACAGGAAGCCAAAGGAAAUCCUUCCUCUCCUGGCUUGUUCAAAGGGUGAAGUUAAAUUCAAAAUCAUUCCUGCGUCCUUCAAGGAAGAAAUGGCAUCGAAUAAGAAGAAGCUGUUUUUGCGGGCUCUUUUUGACUACGAUCCCGACGCAGAUCCCGCCGUUCCGUGCAAGGACGCAGCCAUUGGCUUCAAACGGGGCGACGUCCUCCAGGUUGUCAGCACGGAGGACGACACCUGGUGGCAGGCCUGUCACCUCAGGGACGGCAGCACCCGGGGAGGGCUCAUCCCCUCGCGGCAGCUCCAUGAGAGGAGAGUUGCACUGCAGCGACCCAAAGCCCUGUUCAGGCCUCGCCGAGUCAAACCACCAGAUGAGGGCGAAGUCACGGAAGAUGUCGACUACAGUGCUAUAACAGGGAUCCACAUUGCCGGUUUAAGAAGGAGUUUCCGACUCGGAAGAAAGAGCAGUCGGGCCCGAGAAGCGGCGCGGCGCAGGAGGUGGAGCACAGGGGUUCACGGCCCAGUCCGUCCCCCUACCUACAUAGAAGUGAUCCCCUACCACAGGGACCCCAAGGAGAGACACCGCCUUGUCAUUCUGGUCGAUGUCACAUUUCGAUGGGACGCUAUGGAUUUACCAGAAGGUAUGCGAGCGUUUAACACAGGAGUGGAAGAGUGCGGCCGGUCGGAGAAUCAUUCUCAGACUGAAAUCAGGCCCGACGGCGUUGGCGUUAAUGAACUGAAGAGGAGGCUCCUGCUAUCCGACCCCGACCACUACGGCGUCACCGUACCACACACCACACGAGAGAAGAGGAGGCAGGAGAAGGAAGGGGUGGAUUAUCAUUUUGUAUCAGUUCCCAUGUUUGAAGAGGACAUUCUCAACCAUAGGUUCAUAGAAUACGGAAGUUACAAUGGACACUACUAUGGAACAAGCCUAGACUCUGUGAACAGAGUGAUGGCAGAGGGCAAGGUGUGCCUCCUGGAUGUGCACCCUGGGAAAAUAAAGCAUGUGUACACAUGUGAAUACAAACCAUACGUGGUGUUUGUGAAGCCGCCGGGUAUCGAGGAGCUGCGCCUCACCAGGCGGAGAGCUAAGUUCAUCUGCGGGGAGGAGGACAAGAGCUCAGUCAGGGUCUUUUCGGAGGAGGAUUUUGAGGACAUGAUCAGCUUGGCUGACGACAUGGAGAGCCAGUGUGGCCACUUGUUCGAAAAGGUGAUCGUCAACGGCGAUAUCGCGGUGGCGUUCAGAGAGCUGAAGGCGGCCCUCGAGAGGGUCGAGCAGGCAGAGGUCCAGUGGCUUCCAGCGGAGUGGAUGUGCUCCUCACCAACGAAAGCUCGGAGAAGCUGUGGCUACUUGGAUAGCUGGAUAUGAACAUUUAAGGGGAACGUUAAAAAAAAAAAGAGAGAGAAAAACAAUUCCUGAUUAUCUGUAGGCUAUGAAGUUAGAAUUUUUGUCAUAGUUUGGAUAUUUCUUCGAUUUAUAAACAACUCCUGUGACUGCA